AUGGGGAACGAUAAGAAGCGCCCGCGCGAGGCUGAGGAGACGCCUGUCGGAACAGAGGAUGGCUCUGCGCAGACCUUCAACCCGCCAUCCAAGAAGGCGCGCGUCGAAUCGCGAAAACAGCUCUUUGUCCGGUCGCUGCCUCCGACUGCCACCAGCGAGUCCCUGACCGACUUCUUCUCGCAGCACUACCCUGUCAAGCACGCCACGGUUGUGCUCGACCCAAAGACCAAGACGUCGCGAGGAUACGGCUUUGUGUCGUUUGCCGACCCCGAGGAUGCCAUUGAGGCCAAGGAGAAACUCAACAACGAGCUGUUCGAUGGCCGCCGCCUAAAGCUCGACAUUGCCCAGCCACGCCAUCGCGAUGUUGCUAAGACUGGUCCUGAGGUUGUUUCCAAGGCCGUCGAGGAGAAGCGGAAACGGGAGGCCGAACUGCAAGAGGCAAAGAGACCGCCCAAGCUGAUCAUUCGAAACUUGCCCUGGAGCAUCAAGACCUCGGACCAAUUGGCAAGACUAUUUCAGAGCUUUGGCAAGGUCAAGUUUGCCGACCUGCCAAACGACAAAGGCAAGCUAGCUGGUUUUGGCUUUGUCACGCUCCGGGGGAAGAAAAAUGCCGAAAAGGCCAUGGAGGCUAUCAACGGGAAGGUUGUUGAUGGUCGGACACUGGCAGUAGACUGGGCGGUGGACAAGCGAACUUGGGAGCACUUGAAGGGUGGUGCAGAAGAUGGCGGGGGCAAGAACAAGAGCCCCAAGGCCAAGAAGCCGGCAAAAGAAGAGGAGGACGAGGAUGAGGAUGGGGACCCAAACAUGACCCAAGAAGACCGGGAUUUGGCCAACUUCUUCAAGAACUACGGCGACAACCUGGAAGAAGAGGAGGAGGAGGAGGAGGAGGAGAGUGGAAGUGGUGCAGAAGAUGAGGACGAAGAACCUGACGAAGAUACGGGUGAGGGCGACGAGUCCCAGCCGUCUGAUGUAUCUGAUGACGACGAGGAAAAGCCCAAGAAUCGAAUGACGGACAACUCGACAACCCUCUUCAUCCGCAACCUUCCUUACACAGCGACCGACGAUACACUUAAAGCCCACUUCUCACAGUUUGGCGCCGUGAGAUAUGCCAGAGUGGUCAUGGAUCGCGCUACGGAUAGACCAGCCGGUACAGGGUUUGUGUGCUUCUUCAAUCUGGCCGACAGCCAGGCCUGCUUGAAGGGGGCACCCCGCCAUCACCCGCCUCCGACGCUAGCCAAACAUUCCGUUCUUCAGGACGAGACAGCCGACCCGGAAGGCAAAUACACCCUCGACGGCCGCAUCCUCCAGGUCACCCAGGCUGUGUCCAAGGAUGAAGCUACGCGCCUCGCCGAAACCGGCGCCGGCAAGCGCAAAGAAAAGGACAAGAGGCGACUCUUCCUCCUGUCCGAAGGCGCCAUUACCAAGAACUCGCCGCUCUACAACAAACUCACCCCAACCGAAAUCAGAAUGCGCGAAGCCAGCGCCAAGCAGCGCAAGAAACUCAUCGAGUCCAACCCGGCCCUGCAUCUCAGCCUCACCCGCCUCGCGAUCCGCAACAUCCCGCACAACCUCGGCUCCAAGGACCUCAAGCAACUCGCCCGCCUAGCCGUCGUCGGUUUCGCCAAGGACGUCAAGGAGGGCCGCCGGCAGCCGCUCUCCAAGGAGGAAAACACACGCGGAGGCGAGGCCGACAGGGAAGCAGAGCGUCGCAGGAAGGAGAAGGGCAAGGGCGUGGUGCGCCAGGCCAAGAUCGUCUUCGAGACCACGCAGGGUUCCAAGGUGGACGAGCGGACGGGCGGCGGCAAGUCGCGCGGCUAUGGUUUCAUCGAGUACUCGUCGCACCGCUGGGCGCUCAUGGGCCUGCGCUACCUGAAUGGGCACGCGCUCAAGAACGAGGCCGGCAAGACGCAGCGGUUGAUUGUCGAGUUUGCCAUUGAAAACGCCAACGUCGUACAGAGGCGGCGGCAGCAGGAGGAGAAGUCGCGGAUGGCUAAGGAGGAGAGGGCUGUUGGCGGGGGAAAGGGGAAGUGGAGAGGGAAGGAGAAGGAGGCGGGUAAGGGACUGGGGAAGGCGAAGGGGAAGGAGAAGGGGUGGAAGAAGGACGAGGACGGCAAUGAUAGGAAUGGGGCGAAGGCGGGGAAGGAAGGGGCGAAGGACGAUGUCGCGCCUACUAAGCAGGGCAAGAAGAAGGCGGAGGAGAAACUCGUCAUGAGGACCAAGAUCAUCGCGAGGAAGCGCAUGAUGCGCAAGAAGAAGGCGGUGAUGCGGGGGAAGAAAUAG